GCUGGCGUUAAUUGGCUAGUCGCAGAAACGAAGUUUGCCCACAAAAGGUGUUGAAAAUACGUCCAUGCCGCUGAACACGCAGACCGCCGCUGCCGCCAGGCUGGCUCAGCUGCCGCUGGUGCGCUCGGCCUGCGCCAGCCUGUCAGUGUUGUACGGGGACGCCAAAAGCCGCAACCCGGGCCUCAAGUUUGUUUGUGAGAGGCUGGAGAGCAGCGCCGCCCUCUUCACGUCGGCGGCUCGUCACCGAGUGUCACCUGUCCUCACCAAAUUCAAGCCCCAAGUUUCCUUUGCCGAUGAUGUUGCAUGUAAAAGUCUGGACUGGUUGGAGGCAAUGUUCCCUGUGCUGCAGACAUCCACAGACCAGCUUGUGGCUGGUGUCAGGAGUAAGGUGUUGGAGAUGCAGGAUGCGGUGACCAUUGCGGCCCACGGGACUGUGGAUUGUGUGCAGCACGCGGUCACAUGUAUUGUGGAGAGGGUGCAGCAGCCGGACGACCUCUCGCUGGUGGGAAGGGCCGUCGCUGCGUCCAGCAUGGGACUGGCUUCUGCACUGAACCUAUCUGAAGCUCUGGUGGAUUGCAUGCUGACAGAGGAAGAAAAAAAGGAAGAGGACGUCGUGGUGGAAGGUUCUGAGGCAGCUGCGUCCGUGAGAAGGUACUCUGUGCGACUGGUGACACUCUCCAUUACGCUGUGCAGGAGAACCAUCCAGCUGGCUGGAGCCAAGAUGCAGUCUACUCAGAUCAAGGGGGCUUUUUCCACAUCUUCAAGUCAGCUUCACAUCCUGCUGGCUCUGGCGUGGAGUCUGGAGCAACUCCCUCUACAUGUACAGCAGCAGAUUGUGUCGGUAUUCUUCUACUUCACACAAAUGUUCAACUUGGGAGUUGCCGAACAUAGCUGCUCCAAACAGGAUAGAAGUGUUUGCCUCAGUGCAGGAGCACCAGAGGCAACAUCAACACCACACAAGGUCAUCAAGUAUAGUUCACGACCAAAUUCUAAUUGGCAAGCGAGAAGACCCGCCAGCAUCUGUGUGUUUGAGAACAGAUUGACCCCAUUGGGUAAAGGAGAGGGCAGCGUUGAAAGUUUUCACUGAGUGGUUGAUGUAUUGCACAUGUACAUGUAAAUAAAGGCACUUGAAGAUUAAGCAACUCUUUCAAUGUACUGUAUUCCAGAGUUGUAUCAGUUAACUGUACAUUUCGAUCGUGUUCUUUACAAAAUAGAUGCUUAGUUUGGAUGAAGCUGACAUUUUGGUUGCUCUUUACCCUGCAACAUUAAACCUCAAAGCGGCAAGAUUAAUAGACCUGCACAUCGGAUUCUUCUUGACUGUUAAUCUUUAGUGUGUAUUCAAAUUGUGUUCUGACAAAACAGCAGAGUUUAGACCAAACAUUACUUUAUUUUACUGAGUUCACUUUUGGCUGGACUCUGACUUGGAUGUGGAUGCCCUGAGAGAAGAAAGGCGGCGCCUCUUGGCGAUCUGUUCCUGGCGCUUCUCUUUGGCUUCCUGUUGAUGCGGUGAAAAUACGUUAGUGAAAGAUUUCUAAAUAUAACUGGCCAGCUUCCACAAGUGCUGAAAUGUAAAGCACGAAAACACCUCUAUCACAGGACACUAUAAUUCUGCCACAACAUUUUUGGAUACUGCAUUGUAGUUUGACUAUGAAAUUGGCUGUAGAAGGGUAAUUACGCACACUAUUCUUGGCUGUAAUUGAAAUGCAAAUGCUGAAAAAAUCUGCAGCAGCUUAUUGAGGCAUCCAUGAAAUGUUGAGAUAGGCUAUGUUCACACUGCAGGUCAAUUCUGUUUUUUGUUUUUGCCCAAUACGAACAGUAGAAUUCAGAUUUUUUUUUUCCAUAUUCGACCAAGGCCACCGUUAUAUGCAGAGAUAAAUAUAUCUGAUGCGCGUGCAUAUCAACACUCACUUCGCGCUCAUCCUACCCAAGUCACCAGAAGGCGACAAAUGUCACAAUCGUUGGACAAAACAGACAUGCCACAAAAGCAACAGCUGAUGAAGGAGCAGAAAAUAGUCAGCAGCGAAAGAAAGAUGCUUUAGAACUGAUAAAAUGUUGGCUCCGAUUGCUCAAAUUCUUUGAAAUUUGUUGAGUAAUUUUUCACAGUGUGUGCCUUAAAAACAUGUUGCUCGCAGUGCAGUGCCUGUUGUAUUGUUCCGGGUGGUGGGGACAAUUACAGCAUUUAUUUCACAUAUAAAAAGGUUCUUAUCCUGUUUGCACAAUAGGGAAUUCCUAAUAAUAGUAUUACUAUUAUCAGAUAAGUAGCAACCCUUUAUUGCUCUGUUUUUCUCAAUGUCUAUGUCUCAAAUAUGUUCUGUCAAUUGACUGUUGUUGUACUAGAGCGGCUCCAACUACUGGAUACAAAUUCUUGUUUUUUGGACAUGGCAAAAUAAAGAUGAUUCUGAUUCAAAUGUGAAUUACUUG